AUGAAAAAGAAGCCUUUGAAACUUCAAACUGAGAAAGAGAAAAAGUUGCGCCGGAAAGAGCAAGCAAAAAUUGCGAAAGCCCGGGCCCAAGCCAAGGCGGCAGCAGCGGCGGCUGCUGCUCUUACGGGACCCGUCAGCGCCUUGGGAACAUCAGGAACAUCGCAGCCCGUUAUGCACAACGGUCUUGUGGUUCGUGGAACUCAAGCGGAGCUGCGCGACGAUCAUCAUGUUUCGCACCAAGAUAUUUCUUUCUUGGACUCGAUGACGGAAGGUCAACUAGAUGAACACAUCCGAUCGCUGAGAUUCAAUUUCUGCGGACAUAUUACGGUGGCAGAGCUGAAGACCCGGCUGAUGCCUUUGCUUACCAAGCUCAUGGACAGUGAAUAUGGCUGGACAUUCAACAACCCGGUGGAUCCUGUGCAGUGGAAUAUCCCGGAUUACUUCGAUAUUAUUAAGUGCCCGAUGGAUCUCGGCACUAUCAAGAAGCGUCUGGAAGCUGAGCACUACAACAGCGUGGAAGCUUUUGCGGGAGACGUACGGUUGGUCUUCGAGAACUGCAUUGCUUACAAUAGCAGCACGAACAAGUUCAACAUUGCAGCAAAGCAGCUGCUUGCUUCGUUCAACAAGUCGUUGGCAUCGCUUAAGAAUCAGCUAGAGAAACAGCUUUUCAAACGCUGCGAGCAGCGUCGCGAAGAGAUGUGCCAGCUGUGCGGUGGAGACUCGUUUAAGUUUGCCCCAUGCAUGCUGUUCUGUAGCGGGCCGUGUGCUGGUCGCAUCCGAAGACAUACGCACUACUACAGUGAUCCUCGCGGAGAACACCAUUGGUGCUCAAGUUGCUACAAGCAGAUGAAGGAUGGCCCGAUCGACAUGUCGCUCUUGCCCCAAUUGUCAAGUGCGGCUACAGAGGUGGCACCUCCUCCAGCUGCUGGUGCAAUCCCGUUUGAUGGGGUGCUGAAGAAGUCGUCAUUGGUAAAGCGGAAGAACAGCGAGGUCGCCGAAGAACCGUGGGUGGAGUGUGACUCGUGCAAAUUGUGGUAUCAUCAAAUUUGCGCAUUGUUCAACGAACGUAACCACGCGAUCUCUGGCGAACAAGAACCCUUUGUGUGCCCCAUUUGUGUCAAGAAGCAACGUGCUGCUGGAGUAAAACCGUCGUUAGACAAUGGUCUUAAGGCCAAGCGGCUUCCUAUCACACGAAUGGCGAAGCUGAUCGAAACUCGCGUUCUCGAGGCUAUCGAAAAGGCCGGCAAGGAUGAAGCUGUGCGCAUGGGCAACAUGGGCAACUCGGAUAGUAUCGGAUUUUCUAACGGUGUCAAGGAAUCGACGUCCGACACACAGUUUGGAAUCACCAUUCGGGAGGUCCUCAGUAUCGAUAAGCAAGUCCAGGUAAAGCCAAGGAUGGGCAAACUACUGGCAGCGAAGUAUGGGAAGACCAAAAAGUCUGAAAACGGUGGUGCCGGUGGUACGACUGGGCAAUCAAAGUCGCUGAAACGCCCGCGGUCGACGAUGUCUGCCGCCGACAAGAAGACUGCUGCUGCUGAUGCAGCUUCGUCGUCUUUAUCGCUGCAGCUGACGUAUCGCUCGCGGUGCAUUUGCGUUUUCCAAGAGCUGGAUGGCGUAGAUGUUCUUAUCUUUACGCUAUACGUUCAAGAAUACGGCCCUGACUCUUUGUCGCCUAAUGCUGGCCGUGUGUACGUGUCGUACUUGGACUCGGUAAAUUAUUUCCAGCCGAAGAAGCUACGCACGUUGAUGCACCAGCAGGUGAUGUUGGGCUUUCUGGAGGACUGCAAGAAUCGUGGCUUUCACACUUGCCAUAUCUGGUCUUGCCCACCGCUGAAGGGUGAUGACUACAUUUUCUUCUGCAAACCGGAGAACCAGAAAAUCCCGAAGUCAGCGCGGCUGCGUCAGUGGUAUCAAAAGUUGCUCGUGGAAGCCAAACAGGAUGGUCUCGUUGUCAAUAUCUCCAACUUGUACGCUGAGUACUACAUGAAGAAGAAAGCAGCCCACGAACUGCCCUACUUUGAAGGAGACUACUGGCCUCGGCUCGCAGAGGAUCUCAUCAAGCAGCUGGAAGAAAAAGAUAACGGCAAUCGAGCGAAAACUGGCGCCGCUGGUGCCGGAGAUGCUACUGUUGGCAAUGGGGCUAGCGCCAGUGGUGCAAGUACACCAGCCAAUGGUUCUGCAACGCCGAUUUCCCGGUCUCCGUCUCCAACGAUGACACCCAAUGCGAACUCAAAAAGCAAGAGCAAGCGUAGUAAGGGUUCAUUCGUUACUGAACCUUCGGUGACGCGGAGCAGUGCGUCCAAGGCGCGUUCGAAGAAGGGAGGCAAGUCGUCGCGAUCUUCUGGCAGCUCCAAGAACGUGAUUAAUAAUGAUCCGCUCAUGCAAAAGCUCAAGGGCAUUCUCGAGCCCCAGAAGGACGAUUUCUUCGUGGUGGACUUGUACGCGAAGUGCCACAAGUGCGGCGUACCUAUCGUGCAAGAAGGCUACUGGGAGUUGAAAACGAUCCCUCCGCCUGCCUCUGUUAACAGCUUACUCGAAGCUGCCAAGAAGAUCCGUUCGUCUUCCUCAAGCUCCCGCAACUCCCCGCCGCGCCAUUAUCACUACUUCUACUGUGGGUCUUGCUACGAAGCUAACAAAACCCAGCUGCUGCAUCGUGUGGAGGUAUCCGGUAACUGUGCCAAGCGCGCACGGGAUUUAAGUGAGCGAAUUCUUCCUCUGACCGAGAAAGCGGCCGCUGCUGAACUGGCAGAAUUGGACCUACAGGAGAUUAAG